UGAUAAGAAAGCAUUUUUUUUCGUGAUCAGUGUAAAUCCGUACGGGAAGUGUUGAAGAUGUACAUUCUCUCAAAUUGUUCAAAUUAUAUUUAUUACGAAUCAUCAUUUGACACUUUAGUGAAUAGAAAUAUGAAAAGUGAACCAUCAUUUAUCGCGAGUGAAUUUGAUAUUACAUCCAACUACAAUUGUUCAAAGCCAAUGUCAAACGAUGUUGCACCGGAGGUUAAUAUUUUAUACAUCGUCAUGGAGAUUUUAGUUGCAAUCUUUGGUGUGUUGGGAAAUUCUUUGGUCAUCAUCGUGUUUUGUACGACAAGAAAACUUCGACGUCGAACGAAUUUUUACAUCAUUUCAUUAGCCUUUGCCGACUUCUUAGCAGCAUCAAUAGGAAUACCUGCAGCUAUCCUUAUUUCCGUUGGCAUACCACAUAAUUGCAACAUGUGCUUGUUGAUGAUUUCAUCACUUUUAUCUUUCUUCACAAUUUCCAUCUUCAGUCUGGUUUUAGUUUCUUGCGAUCGUUUCAUGUCGAUUAUCUUUCCAUUGAAGUAUUGUGAAGAGAAGAAAAACCACAUAAUCUUUGAGAUUGUUGGAUGUUGGCUACUUGGCUUUUUUAUCGGUUUUCUUCCUUACAUAUGGCAUAAAAAAUUACCAGUUAAUCGUUGCUUGUAUCAAAAUGUCAUCACUGAGGGACUUCAAUUGUUUAGAUUUAUCGUCGUGAUAAUAAUUCCCAUGCUUAUCAUCUUCGUGAUAUAUGCGAUGAUAUACCGAGUUGUGCUUCAUCAGGCGUCUGUUGGAUUACCAAAAAAUCUUUAUGCUUGCUUAUUCACGACGUCGUCUUUGGUUGUUUUGUGCACAAUAUCGAUAUUCUGCCUCGUUGCUGUGUCCAUCGAUCGAUAUUGGGCGAUUCUCCAUCCUUUGGCUUACUCACGCAAUGUUCGAACAAAAACUGCGAUAGGAAUUAUCAGUUUGUGUUGGGUUUUCGGAUCUGUAAUUGGAUUUCUACCGGUCUUUGGAUGGCACAAUGGAACCGAAGACGAACAAUGUUUCUUUACUGAAAUUAUGGAUUACAAUUAUCUCGUUUUUCUGUAUUUCACAACAAUCAUCACACCGAGCAUCAUUUUGGCAGUUUUUUAUGGCUUAAUUUAUCGUGUUAUCUUAAAACAGGUCAAUAAAACGUCUUCAUCAUUACGAUUAUCAUCGACGGGAUUAGACAGCAAAGUCAGCACUAUGAAACAUUCUUCAAGUGAAACGCAUGUGCUUCGUUUGCUUAAUUCAGCAGCGCAAAAACGUGAAGUCAAAGCAACACAGAAUCUCUCAAUUAUUGUAGCAUUCUUCAUGAUCUGCUGGAUUCCACUAUACACAAUUAAUUGCAUUAAUGCUUUUUGUCAGGAAUGUGUUCGAAACGCAUCGAUAACUUACUUCGGAAUUAUUUUAUCUCAUUUGAAUUCAGCGAUUAACCCGCUACUUUACGCUUACCAUUUGAAAGACUUUCGUGGUGCUUUAAUCAGAUUGUUCACAUGCAACAAUGUCGAUACACAUUAUCGACCAUCAUUCAUAAGUCAACAACAACAAAGAAUCACAUCACAAAUGAAUCAGAGACGAUCAUAUCAACCAAGAACGUACAUCGAUUCUCCUGUUUAUAAACGACAACAAUAUCAGAUGAAAACAAUUACAGAAGGCAAUUCACACAUUCCAAACAAUGGAGAUUUAAAUUUCUUUAGAGACACCGAUCUCUCGAUUUCAGCAAUCGAAUCUUCACCACAAUUACGUCGAAUCACCUCUAGUCAAUCAAAUAGAAUUUAUAUUAUAAGUGAUAAUCACGAGAAAAAUCAUACUGUCGAGCCACAGCCAAGUUCACUCUACAACAACAUUGUCAAUAGAUGUAAUCAAGAAAAGGAUAAAGAAUAA